CCGGGCACGCAGCUCAGGGGGUGCCCUGGGCAAGCGGAGAAACCGCAGAGAACCCACCGAGGGCAGCUCAAUUCACACAGCCGUGUUUUGCUCUUCCAGGCCAGCCCUUCCCCCAUUAUUGUGAACACGGACACCCUGGAGCCCAGCCUCUCCGUGAAUGGCAGCGACGGGAUGUUCAAGUACGAGGAGAUUGUCCUGGAGCGGGGAAACUCCGGCCUCGGCUUCAGCAUUGCUGGUGGCACUGAUAACCCCCACAUCCCCGACGACCCCGGCAUUUUCAUCACCAAGAUCAUCCCCGGUGGGGCGGCUGCCAUGGACGGGCGCCUGGGGGUCAACGACUGCGUCCUGAGGGUCAACGAGGUGGACGUCUCAGAGGUGGUGCACAGCAAGGCGGUGGAGGCACUGAAGGAGGCGGGGCCGGUGGUGAGGCUGCUGGUCAGGCGGAGGCAGCCCCCACCAGAGACCAUCAUGGAGGUCAACCUGAUGAAGGGACCCAAAGGGCUGGGCUUCAGCAUCGCGGGGGGCAUCGGGAACCAGCACAUCCCAGGCGACAACAGCAUCUACAUCACCAAGAUCAUUGAAGGGGGCGCAGCCCAGAAGGACGGGCGGCUGCAGAUCGGGGACCGGCUGCUUGCGGUGAACAACACCAACCUGCAGGAGGUGCGGCAUGAAGAGGCGGUGGCUGCUCUCAAGAACACCUCCGACAUGGUGUACCUGAAGGUGGCCAAGCCAGGCAGCUCCCACAUCAAUGACCUGUAUGCGCCCCCAGACUACGCCAGCACAUUUUCUGCCUUGGCCGACAACCACAUAAGCCAUAAUCCUGGCCUAGGCUAUCUUGGAGGCCUGGAGAGCAAGCCAGCUUACCCUGCUCCCCCCCAGGUCACGCCUGCCCGCUACUCCCCUGUGCCCCGCCACCUGAUUGGAGAGGAGGACUUCACCAGGUGAGCAG